CGGGCACGCGCAGGACACCUCCCCCGGGGCGUGCCCUCGAGGCGGCCGCGCCCGCCUGCGGCCCCCCGCAGGUCCACAUCCCGAUGCCCGUGGCCACUGGCGAGCAGCGGGCGGAGAAGGACCUGUUCUCUCCCACCGACACGUUCGCGCCCCGGCACCUCGGCCCCUCUCCCCAGGCGGUGAGGGAGAUGUGCAAGGUCAUCGGCGUGAAGGACUUGGACGAGAUGAUCUUGCAGACCAUUCCCGCCGUCGUGCGCAGCAAGGAGGCGCUCAAGCUCUCCGACGGCAAGCUUGGUGAGGCUGGAUCGCUGGCACUCCUCAAGUCCAUUCUUUCGAAGAACAUCGUCGCGACGAACUUCAUCGGUAUGGGCUACCAUGGCACUCACGUGCCGCAGUGCAUCCAGCGCAAUCUGCUCGAAAACCCUGGCUGGUACACCGCGUACACGCCGUACCAGGCGGAGAUAUCCCAGGGGCGCAUGGAGUCGCUGGUGAACUUCCAGACGCUGGUGUGCGAGCUCACGGGGAUGGAGGUGGCAAACUCGUCUCUGUUGGACGAGGCCACGGCGGCAGCGGAGGCGAUGGCCAUGAUCUCGAGGACGGUCAACUCCAAGGCGAAGAACCAGUUCUUCGUGAGCAAGGGCGUGCACCCCCAGACGAUAGAGGUGAUGGAGACGCGCGCGCGCUACUUCGGCAUGGAGCUCAUCAUCGGGGACCACGAGACCACGGAUUUCGCUGCCCUCCCGAAGCUGUGCGGAGGCCUGGUGCAGUACCCGGACACCAAGGGCGUGCUCAAGGACUACACCGCGGUCGGCGACGCCCUACACAAGAACGGCGCGCACCUCGUCGUGGCCGCCGACCCGCUGGCGCUCGUUGCCGCGAGGCCCCCGAGCGAGUUCGGCGCCGACGUGGUGGUCGGCAGCAUGCAGCGCUUCGGCGUGCCCAUGUGGUUCGGCGGCCCCUCGGCGGCCUACCUGGCCACCAGCAAGAAGCAGGUGCGCAGGAUGCCCGGCCGCAUCAUCGGCGAGUCCAUCGACCGCCUCGGCAACCCCGCGUACAGGCUUACGCUGCAGACCCGCGAGCAGCACAUCCGGCUCGACAAGGCGACGUCCAACGUCUGCACGGCCCAGGUGCUGCUGGCAAACAUGGCGGGCAUGUACGCCGUAUACAACAGGGCCGACGGCCUGCAGGCCAUCGCCAAGCGCGUCCACGCGAUGGCGCAGCUGUUCGCCAAGGAUGUCGCGAAGGCCGGCUUCCCGAUCCUAGUCGCCGAGGACUUCUUCGACACGGUGUGCUUCACCGUGAAGGACGCGGCGGCUUUGGUCGAAACGUUGCAGGGGCAGCGGCUGAACCUGCGGCUGGUGGACGCGACCACCGCCUCCGCCAGCUUCGACGAGACGCACCUGGAGUCUGACGUCCGUGCACUGGUGGCCGCCGUGGUGGCGGCCGGAGGCAGCGGGACGCCCGCCGCGGGGCCGGCGGCGGUGGACGGCAAGAUGCCAGAUGCCUUCGCGCGCACAGGGCCGUUCCUGCAGCAGAAGAUCUUCAACUCCAUCUUUUCCGAGACGGAGAUGAUGCGCUACAUGAUGAGGCUGCAGCUGAAGGACCUGGCCCUCGACAAGUCCAUGAUCUCGCUCGGCUCCUGCACCAUGAAGCUCAACUCCGUGGCCUCCCUCGCGCCCUGCAGCUGGCCGGAGGUGGGGAACAUGCACCCCUUCGCGCCGAGCAGCCAGACCCAGGGCUACCGGGAGAUGCUGGAGUCGCUCGAGCAGCAGCUCAACGAGUGCACGGGCUUCCACGCAACCUCCCUCCAGCCCACCAGCGGCGCGAGCGGCGAGUACGCCGGCCUCCUCGUGAUCCGCAAGUACCUGGAGGCAAAGGGCGAGGGCCACCGCAACGUCUGCAUCAUCCCGCGCUCUGCGCACGGCACCAACCCGGCGUCGGCCGCCAUGUGCGACAUGCAGAUCAAGUGGAUCGACGACUCCAAGGGCAUGGACCUGGCCGAGUUCAAGGCCCUCUGCGAGGAGCACAAGGACACCCUGGCCGCGCUGAUGGUCACCUACCCGUCCACCAGGGCCUUCUUCGAGGACGGCAUCCAGGAGAUCUGCCAGAUUGUGCACGACUGCGGCGGGCAGGUCUACAUGGACGGCGCGAACAUGAACGCCCAGCUGGGCCUGACCUCCCCGGGCAUGAUCGGGGCGGACGUCUGCCACCUCAACCUGCACAAGACCUUCAGCAUCCCCCACGGCGGGGGCGGCCCCGGGCUCGGCCCGAUCUGCGUCCGCGAGCACCUGGCGCCGCACCUGCCGAACCACUCCGUGGUGUCCCCGUCCUCUGGCGGCGACCUCAGCGCCGUGUCGGCGGCGCCGUGGGGCCAGGCGGGCAUCGCGUGCAUCCCUUGGAUGUUCAACACCAUGCUGGGCUCGAAGGGCGUCACGGACUCUGCGGUGUACGCCAUCCUGAACGCGAACUACAUGAAGGCCAGGCUGGAGCCGCACUUCAACAUCGUGGCGACCAACUCUUUCAAUAGGUGCUCGCACGAGUUCAUCAUCGACUGUUCGAACCUGAAGAGGAAGAGCGGCGUUGUGGAGGAGGACAUCGCGAAGAGGCUGCAAGACUACGGCUUCCACGCGCCAACGAUGUCGUGGCCCGUGCCGCAUUCCCUCAUGGUGGAACCGACCGAGUCGGAAGACAAGGCCGAACUGGACCGCUUCUGCGACGCCAUGAUCUCCAUCAGGGAGGAGAUCAGGAAGAUCGAGGACGGCACGUGGCCCAUGGACGACAAUCCGCUGAAGAACGCCCCGCACACGCAGGGCGAGGUCGUGAGCAAUGAGUGGACGCACCCCUACACACGGGAAGAGGCGGCCUUCCCCACGAAGUGGAUCCUGGAGCGCGGCAAGUUCUGGCCCUCCGUGGCGCGCGUGGACAACUCCCUCGGCGACAGGAAGCUCGUCCUGCGCCUGGCCGAGUGAUGUCGCGCCCCUCGGGCCUGCAACGUCUGGAGGCUCUGGGGUGCGCCCCCGAUGAGACGAGGCAAUUUUGUGAGGGUGUGUGAUCUGUUGGGGGGCGCCUGGUAGGGGCACCCCGGUGGGAGCCGCCCAGGCCGAAUGGGCGGCCGACAUUUGUGCAGCUGCUGCGAGCUACACUAAGUAGUCAUGCUCCGAUCUGUUGUGUCUGGUAGUAUGUGCUCCUGCUACGAGCGAUCCAGCGGUUCAGCCUGCUGCGAGCUACGAGCAGUAGUCUGUGCUGCAGGAGCGAGCUCCUUCCAGAGCUCCGCGGGGGCGGCAUAGGCACGGUGGCUCCGUUGCUGGUCUGCUGGAAACGAGACAAAUUGCAUGGGGCAUUUGAUCGUAGGUGUAGAGUUCUCAAUACAAGAUAUCGAGCUCCAAGCCGUGUCGCACUUCACUGGCCCAAUUUUUUCCGCGCGCUUGCGUUGGCCGUGGUGCAUGGUUAUGCCCCGUCGCCGAUGCAGGUACGUCGGGCCCGGCUUCUCACUUAAUGGGCUCUGUAAGGACAACGGCGCGAGUGACAUAAAAU